AUUACUGCUGCGUUCUGCCCUGGCAAUGGUGUUGACGCUUCCUCCACAAUGCAGCUGCUCUGCAAAUAAAGUGAAAUCGGUAUUCGUGAUUUUGUAGCUUCUAGUUUUAGUCAUAUUAUGUCACUUUAAAAACUUGCAGUCAAUUAUAACUCGUCAGAUUGCUCAAUCCACGCGUUUGCACUUUGUUCCCCCCCGCAUCUGAUUUGGAACAUGUCAUGGUUACCUGAAAGACGUGUUGACAGGUGUAGAUCAGCUACAUCUGGCUGGUUUAAGGUGUGCCUUUGCUCGUUGUUGUGUUCCCAGUAAAUCCCAGAAUAUGGCUCAGUGGGACAAACUGAGGCAGCUCUCUGACAGCUACUGGCAGCAGCUACAUGAGCUCUACGACAGGGAUGGUUUGCCUAUGGAUGUUCGCCACUACCUGUCGGCUUGGAUUGAGAAGCAGGAGUGGCAACGAGCGGCAAGGGACUACAGCCUUGCCAUGGUGCUGUACCAGGUCCUGCUGGAGAAUCUGGAUAUCCAGCACAGCCGCUUUGUUCAGGAGGAGUCGUUCUUACAGCAGCACAACAUCAGACGCUAUAAACAGACCUUCCAGAGGUAUCAGGACGAUCCCUGUGCUUUGGCCAAAACAAUCCUGUGGUUUUUGGAGAAAGAGAAGGAGAUCCUGGACAGCGCUGAGCUGGAUGAACAGGUGCAGCUUUUGCGUGUUGAGCAGGAAGCCAUGGAGACAACCUGUCAGCAGGAGCUCGAACGGAAAAUGGCCGGGCUGAGGAAUGAUGUGCAGUGUUUGGAACAUGCGAUUAUAUGCCUGGAGGAGCAGCAAGAUGAGUUUGAUUUUAAAUAUCAAACCCACAAGAUGGAAGCUGUGACCGAUGAAGCACAGAGGAAUGGAUUAAUGAAACUGUUUCAGUCACUAAUCAAUAGACUGAAUGAAUGUAGAAAGAGCACUCUAGCAGACUUGAACAAGCUUCUGGACCGAGCUGAAGAUCUGAUCAACCUGCUGGUGCGGAAGGAGCUGGUGGACUGGCAGAGGAGGCAGCAGAAAUCCUGCAUCGGUGCUGCAGACAAUGUUUGCCUGGAUCAGCUGGAAAAGUGGUUCACCUGUGUGGCAGUGUGUCUGUUCCAGGUGCGGGAGUUUCUCAAUAAGCUCGAGGAGCUAGUAGGAAAAAUGUCCUAUGAAAACGACCCUGUUAAGGUCCAGAAACCUACGUUACAGAGGAGAGCAGACGAUCUUCUUAAAGACUUACUCAAGAGUUCGUUUGUGGUUGAGACGCAGCCAUCCAUGCCCCAGGGAAAAGGACCCCUGGUUCUGCGUACAAAUGUCCAGUUCUCUGUUAAGACAAGACUGCUGGUGAAAUUUCCGGAACUGAACCACUCCAUGAAAGUGAACGUGUCCAUGUCCAGGGAGGCUCCUCAGAUCAAAGGAUAUCGGCGCUUUAAUGUCCUGGGAACUGCGACUAAAGAUUUGAACAUAGCUGAGAGCCUCAGCGGAGGAAUGGUUGCAGAUUUCAGACAUCUGAGUCUGAGGGAGCAGAAAUCUGGAGGGGCCGGAAGAGGAAUCAGUGAUAUUUCGCUGAGUGUUACUGAGGAGCUGCACAUCAUCUACUUCAACACUGUGUUUGAGCUGAAAGGCUUUUCAGUAGAGCUGCAGGCCUCCUCUCUUCCUGUGGUCAUUAUCUCAAACUCCAGCCAGCAGCAAAGUGCCUGGGCAUCUAUCCUCUGGUUCAACAUGCUUAGUCUGGAUCCAAAGGAUAUUAUGUUUUUCGCCAACGUUCCUGCAGCUCCUUGGCCACAGUUUGCAGAGAUGUUGAGCUGGCAGUUUCUGUCUGCCACAAAACGGGGCCUGGAUGACGAUCAGCGCAACAUGAUCGCCCACAAGCUAUUUGGGAAGCAGCAGAACUAUGACCCCUGCAAAGUGACGUGGUCAAAAUUUAUGAAGGAAAAUAGUCCUGACACUUUCUUUGUGUGGUUUGAUGGCAUCUUGGUGAUGGUGAAAACCUACCUGGAGGACCUCUGGAGAGAAGGUCUCAUCAUGGGCUUUGUGAGCAAAGGUAAAGAGAAGCUCCUCCUGAGGAGGAAGAAGAGGGGCACGUUCUUGUUGCGCUUCAGUGAAAGCGUGGUGGGAGGAAUCACCUUCUCCUGGGUGGAAAUAGACGCAAACGGUGAGCCUGAUAUAAAAACGGUCCAGCCCUUCACCAAAGUUGACCUCAACCAGAUCCAGUUCCACGAAAUCAUCAGGAAUUUCCAGAUCUUGGAAGCCGAAAACAUCCCGGAAAGCCCUCUACUUUUCCUGUAUCCCGACACCCCAAAAGAUGAAGCUUUUGGAAAGUGGUACUCCGAGAUAAGUGGAGGUGACAAUCCUUACCUGAAAUACAUCAAAACCAAACUGAUGUUUGUUUCUAAAGAGAACACACUGGAGGCUAGGUCUCCCAUGCACUGUGACAUGACACAGGGUGAAGGCCCGGAGCCAAUGAAUGGCCUGUAUGGAGAGGCAGCUGGUGAGUCCUGGCUCUCCUCGCUGUCCAAUCCAGCUACAACCCCCUCAUCAAACCAAUCAUUUCUCGUCAUCAGAGCGCUUUGUCACUGCUUUAGUUUGGCCGUGUGGUGUGGUUCGAGUUCAGCCGGGAGCAUACGCUAUGUUUGGUGAUGGCUGUGAUGGCGCUAAACAUCUGGGGUCUCAUUUAUAAAACUUUGCAUAGAAUCCAUAUUAAAAGGGUACGUACAGCAAGAAAACAGCAAAUAAAAAAAAAUAAUAAAAAAUCAGUUUUAUAUAACCACGCGCACACACCAGUACGCAAUUUUCCUUUAUAGAUAACAGCUGUACCUGAAUGUUUGCGUUCCAGGUUUCGACCUCUUGUUCAGCCCUCUACGCGCUCAGAUACAGCUAUAAAUAGUCAAUGCAAAGCACCUGCUGAAUGUUAAUAUGUAUUUAAAUGAGUCAGCUGAUUGUUUUUUUCAUCAUGGCGAAGUAGGAACCACGUAGAAAAAGCAAAGAAGCUCUAGAAAAAUUUCACAGAGAGGCCUAUAUUAAAUUUGUAAAUCAGAGGUAAAAAGCACUGAUGUUGCCCACAUUAAACAAACUCGUUAAGAAUUAAACAUGACUGCUGUUGUAAAACGUCGGAUGAAAUCCGUGCUCAGUGUUGAAAUUCCUCUGAGGCUGUGCGCUCAGAUCGACACUCAGCAGAGGGAGGGAGACGGGGAAAAGUGGGAAAAGCAUUUUAGGAAGCCGAUUUGUCGAACACGUCACUCUAGUGAUUAUCGGAGAGAGAACUGUGAUGGUAGAAAACCCCGAUAAAAUGUUGUGCAGACUUUUAUUUAAGAUUUGACUAAUGAGCAUUUUUAAAUUUAUUUGUAAGGUCCUUUUGUAUAGUUAUGCAUCACCAGCGCAAGCAUGAAUAUUUUGUUUUGAAUGCUUAUGAUGAAGUCGAUCUAUGAUUAAAGUCUGAUAUGGAGUGAAAUUGAAUGUUUGAGAGGAAUCAUGAUGCAGUUUGGCUGCAAUUAACCGCUUUACCAUCUGCAUCGCCGAUCUCCCCCGUUUGCAAAAAGCGCGUACCCCUGGGUCAGAGCUGCCGUGAGGACCGCACGUUUUCCCAUCAAGUUUUUUUUUGUUUCUUAAUAGAUCCCAACUCAUUUGCGUGGAAAGUGACCGUGCGCAAGUUUUAGGGCCCGUUGUGUGCGAACCCUUUAUAAAUGAGACCCCCAUUUCUCUCAUGGGACUGUUUGGUGCUUCCUCUGCCUGCACAUUCCUGUUGUC